AUGAAAUUACGACCAUCUCUGCAAAUCUGGUCAGACAAGCGACGGACCUCGAACCUUGACCUAAUCGAAUCACGACAAAACUCCGAGCUGUCGCGAGAAUAUUCCUGUGAGAAAACUGUCCCGACCGAGGGACUUCAAAUGAGUUUGCAAUCUAAUCGAGCUGCACGACGGAUUUUCGAACACGUCAGGUGGUCGAGAAGCUUCGAGCAAACGUGCAAUCUGGUCGAGCUGGCGAAGGGUUCCGAGCGAAAGCGGCUGAAGACGAUCAUGUUUGGCUUCCCUCCGUAUGCUGGCAUCAACCUCCCCUGCAAUGGUGACAGUACGGGCAUAGGACUUGACUCCAUGGCCCACGAUGUUGUGACGGACUACUGGUGA